GAAAUCGCGAUACACCUGCUGUUCAGCCGGUUAUAUUUGCCCUGUGUGUUUGGUUAUUUUGCAGGAGCCGCAGCCGCAUCCCGCGUCUACGUGGACGCAUUGUCUCGAUUAGCACGCCAGGCGCAACUGGGCACGUGGGGUGGUUCCAAGGAUGUCGGAUUCGCGCUCAUGAGGAUCGUCGAGGUCUACAAGGAGAUCCAGGAACAGGAAAUGAAUAUCCUGAAAGCGUUCUACGUCGACCUACUGGUCCCUCUCGAGACGAACCUGGAGAAAGACACCAAGGUCGUCCAGAGCGAGCAGAAGAAAUUUCUACAGCAGCACAAGACCAGGUCCGAAACUUACAGCAAAGCGGCGGCCACGAUGAAGAAACAGAGAAAGAAGUCGAGGGGCGCGAGCAAGAGUGGACUGGCCAUGGACAAGGAGCUCAAGAAUAUGCAGAUUCUCGAGGAAGAGAAGUCCAAGCUGGACGCCUUUUGUGAACAGAGUUUGAAGAAUGCCAUGACUCAGGAACGAAGAAGGUACGGCUUUGUUCUCGAGCGACAAUGCUCCUUGGCGAAACAUUAUGCGAGUUUUCAUGAGGUCGCGUUGGCUGCUCUGCAUCCCUCGGUUGAUAAGUGGCGCGAGGUGGCUGCUACCAGGGAAUAUUUACCCCAAUCCGUGGAAGAUAUGUUCGCUUCCAGGCUCAGACAAGUUUCGUUUUGGCCGGAGGACGAGGAGAACGGCGGUUCGGAGCUGACCAUGAGCUCACAAUUGAGAAAGACCAGAAGCAUGGACAGCUCUUGCUUGGAACUUCGACCUGGACCGCCGUCCGGAAAUGUGCCAAGUGCCACUUAUCAAGGUCCAACCUCUCAUCUUUCAUCCGCGUUGUCUAGAGCAAGGUCAGAAGCCAAUCUGCACGCUUCGACGUUGUCACUGGAUCCAGAGGUUCCGGAAACUCCACCAAGGCCGCGGUCCAUGGCGCCUCCGGCAUCACGCAAUAGCGGCAGCGGAGGGGGCGGCGGUAGCGGCACGGGGGUGAGCUCCGGUGGCUGGGGGGAUGCACCCCUCGCGAGAGCUCUCUUUGCCUAUUUGAGCUCCGGGGAAAAUCAGCUGAGUUUCCUGGAGGGCGAUCUCAUCGCGUUGAUGGGAGAUCGUCAGAAAGGCUGGCAAUUUGGGGAGAAUCUGCGCACACAGAGCUCCGGAUGGUUCCCACUGGCAUACACAGAAAUUAUUAUCGACGAUAGUCUGGGAUCGCCGAAUCACGUGACAAACAAUGGUCGCGCGUCGGAGCCACAAGCUGUUCCACCGUGCAAGCCUCCACCCUCGCGGCCGCCAGUGACACCGAGCAUCGAUGAAGUGUCGAGUGGAUUCCACGGGAUAGGAAGCAACAACGUCAACAACAGUAACAACAACAACAACAGCGGCACUCCUACUAAUGUACCGAAUAGCAACAGUUCUCACAAUUUAGCGACGCCUACUGCACGUCAAACAAAACCGAUCCGUCCAUCGGGCACCUUGCCCACUGUUUUGGCUGGCGGCCGUAGGAUACAGCCACCUGCUCCGCCGGUUCCACCCCCGCAAGUCGUCACGUCUCUUCACAGCAGUAACGACAGUGGUUUCUCAAACGAGCCACCGGCUCAGCCCGACAUCGACUACAGCGACGACGAGGCCAUGAGACAGCGACGAAGAAAGCCGCGCGCCGACAGAAUAACCGAGACGGCGAAGCAACACCAACAGAAGGAGGACAAGUCCGGCGGCAAGGACUGGGAAAACGACUCGUGGAAGACGAUACCCAGGGACGAGAAGAGCUGGCAUCUUUACAGAACCGCGAUGGACAUUUGGGCAGAGACGAACGCGAGUCAGGGCAACGAGAAUGGCGAGGUCCGGUACCAGAGUCGUCAUUACGACACGCAGGAGCGCAAGAACGGACGGGGUGGCGACUUCGCCGAGCGUCGUGGCACGAUGGAGAACGGGCCAGCGAGGAAGUCGGGGAAGAAAACGCAGGAGAGAUCGCAGAAAAACGAGUACGACAACCGUGGCCGCGGUAACUCUGGUCAGAAGAACAAGGGAAUGAGCAACGAUGAACAAUCAUCGGCGAGAAAGUCGACGAGGAGGAACAACGAGUCGGUGGAGCAAGCUCGUCGAGAAUCGAAGAGAACGAAGGAGCUGGAGGAGACGGAGGAGGACGAGAUCGAGCUGGAGGAGGAGGAGGAGGAAGAGGAGGAAGAUACGUACGGUAGGAGGAUCGAUUACCAGAAGUACGAUGGGAAGAAGUAUUACGGAGAGAGAGGAGACGGCCAGGACCGCAACACUCGCGGUCGCGGUUAUCGCGCCGCUCAGGAGGAGUCAAAGUACGAGAACGAGAAGACGUCGACAGCCACGUCCUCGGGCACCGACGACGAGAGCACCAUCACCAUACCAGAGACUGGCAGAAAGGUGGAGCACAUCGCGCAGAAACUGGAACAAACCGCGCAGAAGUACGCUCGGGAGCACAGUCCUCCAAAGUUUAUAGAACGAAGGAACGAUUACAGAAGUUUAGAGCGCAGAGAGGAGAAGCAGCAGCAGCAGCAGCAGCAGCAGCAGCAACAGCAGCAGCAGCAACCUCCGCCGCCGUACGAGAGGUACAACGACUGCGACAGGAACCGCGGUGCCCAGAGAUUCGAGCGAGAGAGAGAACGAUACUUGGAAAAGUCGCCCACCACCACUACCACACACCAGAAGACCACCACCACCUCCUCCACUUACGAAAGAGAGAGGGCUUUCGAGAAGAAUCCCGAUAGAAAUAGAAACAUCGAGCGCGCGUCGAGCCGCCGCUUCGAGAGGCCGAGACCGCCGUCCGAGGAAGCUCCUGAAAGACCGACCGACCCUCGCAACCUCUAUCGAGAGCGUAGGUACUCCGACAAGGAGGAGGCCAUCUACGGCGAGACCAGAUACGUCCGGGAGAGCGGAUCCUCCAUAGACAAGGAGCGCGGCUACGAGUCUAAUUUCGAGACGAAGCUGGAAAGGACCAAGGUGAUCGAGAGGCACGGUUAUCAGAAUCUCGGCCAGAGUAAUCUGCAGAAGUUCCAGCGGAACGGGCCGCAACUCGGGGAGAAGAACGACACGAACAACAACACGUUGAAGGGCGAUAGCCGGAAGCCGUUGCUUCCACGACAAACGACCGCCGUUGCCCACUUGAUACAGACAGGCAGAGCUUUCGACGUCCAAGAGUCCAAGAGCCCGAAGCUCGUCAAGAGAACGAAAUCCUUCUGGAGGUUCAGGAGAGACUCGGACGUGCUGGAAGGCAUGGCUCUUUGGCAGCACCGAUCGCUGGUCGACAUACCCAAGAUGAUUAAGAAGGAGGCGAAGGACGAGGCGAACGCGGACGACACCAGCAACAAGAAGCAAACUCCGGACGGGAGUCCCGGAUCACGGCAAAGUUUGGAGAAAAGAAACAGCGACGUGACCAUCACCAACGAGUCUCACCACGAGGAACCGAAGCCCGCGGAGAGGAUCCACGUCCCCGAAAAAUCCGAUUACUUCGAGGAUUUUCCAACGCCGGCGGAAAGGCCGAAGACGGUCGAGCGAUCUGAAUAUCGGAUGCAUCAGGAGGAGAGGUCCUACUUCAUGGGGAACGUUUCGCGAAAAGCGAUCAUCGAGAAGGAGAGGAAACGCAGCCUGGAGGCUAAGCGUAACAUGAUCGUGGCCGAGCUGAAGGAGAGCAACGAGGCCAAGAGGAACGAGAGGAGGAAGAAGUACACGGACGACGAGGACGGCUUGACCCAGAACUUUAGCGAGACGGAGGCGUCCGACGAGGAAUCCACGUACAGCUGCAUCGUGGUGAAGGAUCAAACAGUGGCUGAGAAGACUCUUCUUCCCAGAACUAAACUCCGCAGGGAUUCCGAUCGGGAAAGGGACAAAAAUACUUGCGGACCGUGGUACGAUCUUUGGGGAGUGGACGCUUCCGUCAACAAGAAGAAGAAGAAGAAACAGCAAUAAAUCUAUUAAACCUCUCUUCUCCUCGCUCGCCUCCUCCUCGCCGAAUCAGUGUCGUUGUUUCACUCUCCCUAGCGACCUCCAUCCAGAAACGGUUUAUCACGGUUUCAAAGUUUAUUAAAGCGUUACACCACGCCGAGAUCCCGAAAGAAAACAUUUCGUAUUGGAACCACAGUCUGUGGCAGGGAUACUCGGAACACACGAUUCGUUGUAUAAUCCCCCCCCCCCCCCCAAGGAAUUUUGCUCGCGUUUUUUGAGUUUUUGCCAUUGCGUACCACCAAUUUUAUUUUAUCGUCUCCACCUUUGCACCACGAAUGACCGUUCGCAAGUCUCCCACGUAGCGCUAUUCCCAUUGCUUCUUGAAAACGUUAAAGCCUGUAAUCCACUCCCCCCCCCUUUUUUUUCUUUGUUUGCAAGCAUAGUUGUACCAUGUUAUCUUGCUUUCGUCGACGCUUGUCUAUGACGAAAUCAACGUGUUGACGUUAAGCGUGGGCACUAUGUGAUCGCGAUGGUGAAAACAACGUUAUGGAUGAUGUUUCAAUCGUAACUCUUGUUGGAUCCGUCGUUGCGGAACGCCGCAACGAUUCGACGAUACUAACGUAAACUUCUCGAAAACUUUCGCGGAAUCUCGAAUAAUUAAUACCGCGUUCAGAGGAAGUACGGGUAGCAAAUCUGCUGAAUUAAAAAGUUCCCAAAGAAUUUGCCACUCGUUUGCUCACGGCGUGGAAAUUCUUGAAUGAAUAAAACACGAAGGAAGAAGUUUUAGAAGUGUGUAUUUGACGCGCGCCAACGAGCGGAAUUAAUCCGUCAGUUUCCACAAAUCGUUCCUGUCAAUGGCCGAACGAACGCAUAAAUAAUUGCGACGCGCGUUGCGCCACACACACUGUGCUUAAAAACGAUCGUGUAAACUAGUUUCUGCAAUUAAUAACAUGACGAUUCGAGUUUGAAACUUCAUGUCCGCGUAUUCGUCCAUUACCCGUGUAAAUUAGUUUCUGGCCGUUGAAACGAUUUGAUACGCGGUACGCGCUAUCGCAACAUUCAGUCAUACACGCUCUUUGUUUGCAAAAAAUUUAAUUUCCUUUUUCCUGACAUUGUUUAUUGCACAGUGAUAUAAUCGCGUUUCCCACGCUCGUUGUUUUUUGUAUUUUUCGGUGAAAAUCAAGUGAAACUUGGUCGUGUUCCGUUUCGUAUGGAUUCUAAUUUCCUCUCGCGGCGUAAUAAGAAUCUUCUUCUAGCUCGAAGAACUUUGUUUGCACGUCUCGUGUCUUCUAUCGUCGCACUUCGUCGUUGCCAUCCCACGAAAUUUGUGUGUUGCCAAAAAGUGUGUUGUUCACGCGCGAUACACCGUAAAAUUUUCACACCUUUGUUUGUGUUUGUGCUUCGCAUGAAAUAUCGCGUCAAUGUUGCCCUCAAUGUUUUCCAAAAGUAUCGUGAUGUAAGAUCGCCAAAUUUUGUAGUUUUUUUUUCUCUCUCUCUCUCUCGCUAUUGCUACGUAAAGCAAUACUUUCAAAUUUGCGAAAAUACGGCUUCGGAGCGCGUUGUGAAAGCAACUUCACGGUACGCUUUCGAAGUCCCAAGCAGUUCGACCUUCUCCACUUUGAAAAAAAAAAAAAAAAAAAAUUUACCACAGCUUUUCACAGCGGAAAAUUUCAAACUCCAAGUUCAAGAACUGCUUGGACACUAUCGGUAUUACUUUGUGUCAAUGAAAUGUUUGUUUAACGUUCGCGAACAGCUCUCCACACAGCGCGGACAGUGCGACUGAUUAAACUUCCUUUGAUCAUUCGAUUCUUCCAGGACAAACAUAUUCGCAACGGUAAAGCUACGCAAAACGAAGACGAACGAUCGCUCGGCGCCAGCGUUGUCAUGAGAUAAACUCUUCAUCUAGAUUACUUUCCUCGUGUGAUGUUAGACGUACCGACAAAGGUGCUGCCUCUCUCUGUGUUCGAGAGACAACAGUCCCUUUCACGAAAAAAACUUCUGAAGCGACUGCUUCGAAGAUUCUUUUUCUUCUUUUUCGUUCUUUUUUUUUUCCACGACGUGGAUGUCCGUCCAACGAACACGUCUGGCUUUAAUCCUCUAUGACUAUUCUUUCGAAGAGCGGAGACGAGGAUUCACCAAGUGAUCCAUUCGCUUCGUGCCAGUAAAAUCCCUUUCUUUUUUUUUUUUUUUCCUGAAAAUUCUUCAGCUCGUGAUGUACGUUCAGAGAUUUUCACUGCCGUUCGAUUUUCAUCGAAUUGAUCGAAUGCUGUAACGCGGACUGAUGAUCAUAGAAUGAUUGGGGACCAUUGUGCGAUCAAUAACGAUGCGUUUUUUAUAUGCGUCGAUUUUUAAGAACAUUUUCCACGAAUCAUAGAGGAUUGAAGAAUAGUCUUUCGACCGAAAAGGACCACGAGAAUGUCAACUUCGUCCAGGUAAGACGAUCAAGGUCAAGCAUUUCCCCCGUACUUUAUCUUUACCGAAUAAUUCCAACCCCAAUUCCGAAAGGAGAACAAAUUAAUUACCGCUGUAAGAUAGCUGUAAGAAUUAUUUACAUUCCUCAACACGCAAAACAUUUGUUCUGCCCUAUAUUUUCUACCUACGACCUCCACCUUUGCGGGCCUCAAGUUGCACAACCUAUACGCCUCCUCUCUUUUCAAUCUCGCCGUUUCAGUUCUUCGUCCAGCCCUCGGUCGAAAAUCGACUCGCGCGCAACAGUUCAAGGUUCGUUCGCGCCCCAUAAGUUUACUUCCGGGGAAAAUUAAUCCCCUUCCGGACGUGUUUCCUCCCCUUCGACGACUUUCGAGACGUCGUGUCGUAAAGCCUUUACGUUAAGGCUCGUAAAAUUUCAUUCCUCAUUUUUUUCCCCUCCCCGUCUCACCCUCUUCUCUUCGCGGAGUCUUGACUACUCCGCAUCCACCUUCGCGUCUCGCGUGUUUCCGCGUCGGCGAAGCUUUUUCUCCAGCGACGACUGUCGCCGUUCCCUCGGCCUUGUUCGCCCCGUGAAAAUAAAUAAACCCCGAUGAAAGAGAACCGUGCGCGAGAGCUCGCGAGCUCCGGUUUUUCCUUUCCCGGAUCUUGCGUGCGCGAGAUCGUGUGUCGUCGGCGAGAGGAAGUCUGUUUUCGAGUUUCGCGACUUCUGUUAGCUCAUCGUCCGGUUGUUCCGCAUCCCCCACUCCCUCCCCAAUUCUUUCUUAUUUCUGUUUCACUUAGCUCUCGUGCUUGCUCCGCGAGUUCCAUCACCGAGAACAACCGCCGCACUUGCCGCACGUACUCGCGUGUAUUCGUUCGACUUCGAUGCAAAUAUCUAUGCACUACCGGAUGGAUACUGUGAUCUACGAUUGCUUCGAUUAAUGCGUUAGACACGCUAGGUUUCACCGAGGAAAUAUACUCCGCGACGUGAAAAAAAGACUUGAAAGACACUUCGUAGCUGUAGAGUUUCGUGAGCAACUCUGUUGUUUAGUCGUUUACACGUUUGAGUAGACUGUACGUAUGAAAUUGUUUCUUGAAACAAUGUAUCGUCGCCGGUUUGUAUCCCAGCGAGGGAGAAAAUAAUCUAAAGUACCGUCUUCACAGCUAUACUAACUGCCAAUAACAAUCUGUAGCAAUUCGUAUAUACACCGUCGAGUUUCGAAAAAUUUUACUUUCCAGAUAUUAAUAUUUUCGAUAUUAAUAUUUUUCACGAGUUUUCCUCCGAGUUGUUAAAUUCUUCCUUACAUUGAACUUUAUUCAACGAUUACACGAUAAUCUGUAAAUAUGACGUUCGUUUUUGAAUUAGCUUGAAUUAGUUGAACUCGCAAAACAUGCUUGCAAACGCUGACGCGUUUUAGAUUAUUGCGUUGCCGAUGGAUAGUUUCGAGCCAUUUUGAUCUUAAGAGAAUAAAGGUGAAAAAAAAAUAUCUGCCAGAUAGGCGCGCAUCACUGUCGCGAACGACAGAAACCUAAAGAUCGCCCCCGCGUCGAUAGAAAACUUUUACUACGAAUUUUAUCGUCGUACACUGCCAGACAUUACCCGUGAUGUUUCCCCCGUUUCGAAAAGUUUCCAGGGAAUUGGAAAGCCUUCGAGUUCAUCAGAUGGGGACACGACGGUCGUAAAAUAUCGAUCGAGAAUCGCGUAAGAAUCUGUAUGCUACAUUCCAGCAAUGGGAAACCUGAGUGAUAACGAAUACCACGGUCAUUCCUGGAUGCCCUCCUUCCGAUUUUCGUCGUACACGUAACUGUACAUACCGCUAUAUCACAAGUCGUCCACGGACGAUGCAUACACGUAUUAUCGUUCUUCCACUUCUUGAAUAACGUUACGCGCUGUGUCGCGUGAUCGCAGGAGAAAGGAGAGACGUAACGAACUUGGAACAGGGAUCUCGAGGUCGGUCUUGCGGAACCCGCAACCCACUCUGUCUAUCUAUCUAAACGUUUGCACCAUUUCCUUUCCAAUUAAUCGUCGUCAAUUAAUCGAAUCCCGAUGAGAUGCACUUUGAUGAGAUAAUAAUCGAAUCCUAGAACCGUUUCCCUGAAUCGUAGAAAAAUCGGGGGACGUUAGAACGUUUCACGAUUUCUCUUGCAAGACGAUUCCCUGCAUCGAUCUCGAGAUCUGUCCAUGUACAUUAUAUAUAGUUUCCGAAAUGGAAAUUACGAGUAUAAGGAGGAAUAAAAAGGUUUAGGGAAACUUUGUUCUUCUUUUUUUUUUUUUUGUUUUCUGUAACGGCGUUGAAUAAACGACGCGUCGAACGUGCGAGUCGUGCGAAAAGAAGAUGUUAAUGUAUUAUAAAUACGCAUAUACCGGCGAAAGUGUCGGGUGGUUUAGGGGAAAUUUUGUUCACCAAGCCGGCUCGUUUCGCGAUGAAAAAUUACGAGUUUCGAGGGACGAUUCUCGAACGGAGGAACGAGACCGGUUUUCGACCGGCCACAUUUCCGGUGACAUUUUUGGGUAGCCUAGGGAAAACAAAAUGAUGAAAUUGUUAAUAAGAACCAUGUAUACAUGCAUAUACGUUAUAUAUAUUAUAUAUAUUAUUGUUAUUAUAUUAACGUUUUUUGUGCA